GCUAAUUUUUACCAAUUUUUCUUGGAUGUAGUCAAUUUUCCUAUAACUGAGUCAAUACCAUGUGCAGUAAUAUGUCUGCAGUCUCUGGUCAUCUCCUGUACUAUGUCCGCAGUCUCUGGGCAUCUCCUGUACUAUGUCUGCAGUCUCUGGUCCAUCUCCUGUACUGUGUCCGCAGUCUCUGGUCAUCUCCUGUACUAUGUCUGCAGUCUCUGGUCAUCUUCUGCACUGUGUCCGCAGUCUCUGGUCAUCUCCUGUACUAUGUCUGCAGUCUCUGGUCACCUCCUGUACUAUGUCUGCAGUCUCUGGUACUCUCCUGUACUAUGUCUGCAGUCUCUGGUCAUCUCCUGUACUGUGUCCGCAGUCUCUGGUCAUCUCCUGUACUGUGUCUGCAGUCUCUGGUCAUUUCCUGUACUGUGUCCGCAGUCUCUGGUCAUCUCCUGUACUAUGUCUGCAGUCUCUGGUCCAUCUCCUGUACUGUGUCCGCAGUCUCUGGUCACCUCCUGUACUAUGUCUGCAGUCUCUGGUCAUCUCCUGUACUAUGUCUGCAG